AUGUCAAAACUGCUCCAUAAAGCUGUUCGCCAAAAGAGUGGAAGUGCAUAUUCAGUUUAUCAGCAGCAUUUGGCUAAUCGACCUGUAAAUGUUCUUAGAGAUCUUCUUGAAUUCAAAAGUGAUCGUUCACCUAUACCAGUUGGAAGGGUUGAACCUGCUUCAGCAAUAGUGCAGCGGUUUUGCACUGGUGGCAUGUCUCUUGGAGCUAUUUCGAGGGAAACUCAUGAAGCUAUUGCAAUUGCAAUGAAUAGAUUGGGUGGAAAAUCGAACUCAGGAGAAGGUGGUGAGGAUCCAAUUCGCUGGAAACCACUUACUGAUGUUGUUGAUGGAUAUUCUCCAACACUCCCACACCUUAAAGGUCUUCAAAAUGGAGAUACUGCCACAAGCGCAAUUAAGCAGGUUGCUUCAGGACGCUUUGGUGUCACUCCUACAUUUUUAGCCAAUGCUGACCAGUUAGAAAUCAAAAUUGCUCAAGGUGCAAAGCCAGGUGAAGGUGGCCAAUUGCCUGGUAAAAAAGUUAGCGCUUACAUUGCGAGAUUAAGGAAUUCAAAACCUGGAGUUCCUCUUAUAUCUCCACCACCACACCAUGAUAUUUAUUCUAUUGAGGAUCUUGCUCAAUUGAUUUAUGACCUUCAUCAGGUCAACCCAAGAGCAAAGGUAUCUGUAAAGCUUGUGGCAGAAGCUGGUAUUGGUACUGUGGCUUCUGGGGUGGCAAAGGGAAAUGCUGAUAUUAUACAGUGGAAAUCUGAAGAAAUAUAUGAGAAAACUGUUCACAACAGGGGAAAAAAAACUCUGUUCAUGUGGGAAAUCACUGCUCAUGUUGGAAAACAUAGUAGCUUGCCGAAAAAUUCCAAAGUUGUCGGAAUCUGUAGUGGAAGAGGUCUCACGCGCCCAACGCGUACACAGAUCUCGCCGGAAAAUUUCUUGUCUGUCCGGCACAUAUCAGGUCAUGAUGGGGGAACUGGAGCAAGCCCAGUAAGUUCAAUUAAGCAUGCUGGCGGUCCCUGGGAGCUUGGACUUACAGAGACGCACCAGACACUCAUAGAAAAUGGGUUAAGAGAAAGGGUUGUUCUUAGAGUUGAUGGUGGAUUUAAAAGUGGAUUUGAUGUCAUGAUGGCUGCAGCAAUGGGUGCAGACGAGUAUGGAUUUGGUUCAGUAGCAAUGAUAGCCACGGGCUGUGUGAUGGCCCGCAUAUGCCAUACAAAUAAUUGUCCAGUUGGUGUUGCCAGUCAGAGAGAGGAAUUACGAGCUCGGUUUCCAGGGGUUCCAGGAGACCUUGUUAACUACUUUUUGUAUGUUGCCGAAGAGGUAAGGGGCAUGUUGGCUCAACUAGGUUACGAGAAACUGGAUGACAUAAUUGGACGCACAGAUAUACUUAGACCCCGAGAUAUAUCAUUAAUGAAAACUCGACAUCUUGAUCUUAGUUACAUCCUCUCUAAUGUUGGGUUGCCUGAGUGGAGCAGCAGUAUGAUAAGGAACCAGGAAGUUCAUAAUAAUGGUCCUGUUUUGGAUGAUGUUUUGCUUGCAGACCCAAAGAUCCUCAGUCUGAAAGUGCUGAAAGAGCUGCUCUUCAGAUUAGUAAUAUCAUCCUUAUAA